AUGCACCUCCCCACCCUCCUCGCCACCGCCCUCACCCUCGUCCUCACCACCACCGCCACACCCACAGGCAGCACCCCCCCCCCCCUCCACAAGCGCUGCUCCCCACGCUACGACCCGGACCUCGCCCUCGGCUACUACCCGCCGGCCCCCUGCUGGCAGACGUUCGACACGGCCUGCCAGCCGCACCUCGCGCCGGGAACCGAGAUGACGCUGGACGCGCCCCACGGCUUAGCUGUCGUGUACGGCCUGUCGGAGAACUGCGCCGCGCAGAUCGCGGAGGAGAAGGCGCGGGAGGCGGAUGGGAGGAAGAAUUAUGGGUGGAAGGAGGAGCAUGGUCUGUUGACGGUGGUGGAGGGGGGGGAUUUUGGUGAUUAG